AUGGUGUUUUUCCGCGUGUAUGCGGGCACCAUGAACGCGAAGGAAGCGGUAGACAACACUAGCCGAAAGUGCAAGGAGCAAGUGAAGCGCCUGAUGAAGGUACAUGCCAAUAAGUAUACAGAUGUCAGUUCGGUGACUGCAGGCGAGAUUGCAAUUGCUGUGGGGCUCAAAGAGACCAUGAGUGGCGACACACUAAUAAAACUCACUGCCGCUAACGGUAUGUAG